CCCCGAGUUCCCAGUUGUUGUGAACGCACUGUAGUCGGAGUUUUCGCCGAGUUCCCAGUUGUUAUGAACGCAGCAAAAGCCCCUCAAUUGAAUGAAAUAGAAUUGAGUGACGUACAUAUCGUGCGAUCGAGGAUCGAGCCGUGACGUCAAUAAGAAGCGACGGUGAGCAGGCCUACGAAAUCAAUACACACCAAAAAAAAAAUAUACUACGCGAGGGGGGGGAAAUAAGGUUUAUUGUUUUUCAUUUUGGUUAAAUAAUCCGUUUUGAUUAAACGCGAUGCCGAAAGUAAAGAGGAGCAGGAAACCACCUCCCGAUGGCUGGGAGUUGAUUGAACCGACUUUGGACGAAUUAGACCAAAAAAUGAGAGAAGGUAAAACAUAUUUUUUGCUAGCUAAUAAUGUUAGCCACCUAAGCUAACUAAAUCCUCUACUCCGACUGUAACAAAACGAGGCUCAGCUAACAUCAUGUCUACACAAAUGUUAACAUUUAAUAUUUUGGGGGGGAUAUUCAACCAGUCUCAACUAAGCUAUAUUAUCAAGUUGUUGUAUGAAUCUGAUUUGGAUCAGUCCUGUUUUUAUUGUGACUGACUAACUUCUCCGUAACCUAACGAGGCUGUCCGUACAGCCAGAUACCUACAACCCCUCUGUCUCGCCUUCAGCUAUCUGUAUGUUUCCUUUGUCGUAUUGUGGGUUAUUGUUCAGAUACCUCGACAAUCAUAACCAAAAGGUUGAUGUUUUAGAUAGGUAGCUUCUAAGUUAACUACACUGAACAAUAAUAUAAACGCAACAAGGUAAAACAAAAAUGUUACUGAGCUCAUAGAAGGAAAUCCUUCAACUGAAAAAUAAAUUAGUCGCUAAUCUAUGGAUUUCACAUGACUGGGAAUACAGAUAUGCAUCUGUUGGUCACAGAUACCUU